UAUUACACUAGAAAUACCGGAUACGAGUUGUCUUUAUCUUAUUGACCCUAAAUUACACCGUAAAAACCGGUUUUAUUUUUGUUUUUAUUUUUAUCGUUGUUUUAGCCAUAAUAAUAAUAUUCGUCUUUUUUUUUUUUUUGUCAUAUUUUACUUGGUUAAUGCUGUUAAUGGUUCUGCUCAGUAUUAGUAUAUUGUAACGUCUAUUGUUGUUGGCUUUUAUUCAAUCAUCUACCAUUGACAUACCAGUGUCAAAUUAUUGAUAUUGUGCUAUACAUCUGUAAGUGGCUUAACAGUAUAUAGUAAAUUUUGAACUUCAUAUUUGAUUAAAAGAAAUAUUUCUAUCUGACAUAAUGGCUUACCAAACAAUUAAAACUUUUCAUGCAAAUAAAAAUAUAUUCUUAACGGGUGGUUCCGGAUUUGUCGGAGUUUCUUACAUGGAAAAAGUACUCAGAACCAUGCCGGAUGUUGGGAAUAUAUAUAUUUUACUUCGUCCAAGGAAAGCACAAGGCAUCCAAGAAAGAUGGGAAUCUAUUAAACACAAUUCGGUGUUUGAUGUUAUGAGAACUUCCGAGGGUUUUGAUGCAUUAUUUAAUAAAAUAAAGCCUGUCAGUGGAGAUAUUUCUGAGGAAAAUUUAGGAUUAUCUGAUGACGAUUCUAAAAUGUUAUGUGACAAUGUAAAUAUUGUAGUGCAUUGUGCAGCCACAUUAGAUUUUGAGACUGAUCUCAAAACAGCUGUGAAUAUCAACUUAUUAGGUACCAAACGUGUAGUAGAACUAUGCAAACAAAUGAAAAACCUUCAAUGUUUAUUGCAUGUGUCUAGUGCCUAUGUCAACAGUAAUAAAAAUUAUGCAAUGGAAAAAAUUUAUGAUGCACCAGCAAACUAUAAUGAUAUCAUUAAUUAUGCUCAAACUAUGGACAACGAGCAAUUCAACAUUACUGCUGAAAAGAUCUUGGGAGAUCAUAUCAAUACUUAUACAUUCACUAAAGCUUUGGCUGAGCAUGUUGUUAAUGAUGCCAAAAAUAUUAUUCGUACCUGUAUAGUACGGCCCAGCAUGAUUGUUGCUUCAUGGAAAGAACCUGUUGAAGGCUGGACAAUAUCAAAAAAUGGCCCUCAAGGAUUCAUAAUGGGUGCUUUAAAGGGUGUAGUCAGGCGUUUACCAGUAAACCAAUCUUUAAUAUAUGAUUAUAUACCAGUAGAUGUGGUAAUAAAUACAAUUAUUGCUGGUACAUGGUUUAGUGCUCAAUUGCCAGAGAGUACACCAACUGUAGAUGGACAAACGCCAGUAUUUCAUUGCACAACUAGCACAUGUAAUCCAUUCCGUUGGAAAGAUAUUUCAUCAAUAUUAACAACUACUUUACAUAAGUAUCCCAUUUAUGGUGCUGUGUGGUAUCCAAACAUAAAAUUUUUGCCCAAUUUAUUCAUGUAUUGGAUUUCUUCAGCUAUUUUUCAUUUCAUUCCAGCUUAUAUAUUAGAUUCUGUCACCAAAUUAGCUGGUAAAAGACCAAUCCUCAUACGAUUACAUAAAAAUGUGAACCGAUCACUUAGUAAACUUGCACCGUUUAUAUUUAACGAAUGGAAAUUUGAUAAUGCUCGUACACUUCGUUUACAAGAAGAACUGAGUGUGGAUGAUAAAUCUGUAUUUUACAUUGAUCCUACAUCCUUAAAUUGGGCUCCGUUUUUUAUAAAUCUGACAUUGGGUGUACGAACAUAUUUACAUAGAGAAGAUGAAAAAACAAUGAAGAUAGCAUUAAAGAAAGACUUCAAAUUAUAUAUGGCAAACCGUGGACUUCAGUUAUUCAUAGUGAUUGGAAUAUGGUAUUUAUCUUCAUUGAUAACUGGUACACCAAUGUUAGCCAAUUUUUGGGUUGCAUUAAUAGUUAUUAUUUUUGGAUAUUUUUUUUAA